CGACAAGAAGGCGAGGGAUUUGAUGGCGUUUGCCGCCAUUCAGCGAGGUGCUGUAUUUCGCUUUCUUGUCAACAUAUACCCGGGCGCUCGAAGUCUCCAUCAUGGCCAACUUAAUGCCUUCCGGGAUAUAGACCUGGCCGACAGACUCCGGUUCGACACCGAGCAAAAAGGGGUGGACACCGAUUGUCAAUGCUAUGUCCUUCAUUAUCUUGUUGGCGUCCUCGGGCGUGAUGCGGUCCGACUUGAUCUGGUACUCAAAGGCUCGUACCAUUUCCGUCUUCCCUAAGGCGGCGUUUCGCAUAAGGAACCGCAUUAUCGUGACGAGUUUCGCCAAAUACUCGUUGUCGGAGUGGCGCUCUACCGACUUUCUAGCCUUGAUACAAGUUGUUCUUGUUUGACGCAUAACUUUAUUGCCAUUUCCGUCGACGACGACCGCCUUCGCUUUGGACUCCGAGCUGACGAUUGCUACCUGGCGAUUCGCGUCUAUAGUAUUGCAUAGACGCUGCAGGCUUUCGAAUAAAACAUCCGAUUUUGGUCCGGAACGCCAGUCGAGGUUGAGGUAUCUGUUGCUUGACGCCAUCUUGUGUUGGUACUGAUUGUGGUGGAACAGAACACAGCUACUAGGUUGCCCUAGAGCCGUCCGAGACGUCUUUGAGAUUGAGGAGGCGACGAGGAAGCGUGUACGAACGGAACAAGACUGCUAGGUUACCCUAGAGUCGUCCAGACGUCUGUAAACCGAAAAGUGGUGACUUAAAUGGAGAAGCAAAAGAGAACAAUUGGAUCGAUUGACUUCCGGAUGAGAGAUAUGGUCGGACCUGUGCAAACAGUGCAGACAAGAGAGGUAAAACUGUUCAAGGCACCGAGGUUACCCAAGGGCCUGACAAGUCCUGAUGAUGGGAUGAAGGGAAAAGGACCGCAGAAGGAAUUUGUGGGCGCGACGAAUGACUCAAGCUUGGCUGCGGUGCACAUAUGCAUACUCACAAAUACUUGUUCUAAACAGAUAUUUUCGGAGUUUGCUUCUCUUUUUCGACCAGUCUGCUGUCCCUUUUUCCAGGCCACGCAGAGAUCCAGGGUAACCUGGAUGCUCUUUACACACACCUCUUUGUAUAUUCGCCAGCCGCCUCAUACUGAACAGUCUCCCACAAUGGCGGCAAAACGACCAGCAAGCCCACCUCUUUCACUUCAACAGAAAAGGCGCCAGCGACAGAGUGGCCUGCCCCCUUCGGUCAAAAAAGACAUCGAUCUGCAUCAUCUCAAGCCAUCAAGGCUUGACGAGGCGGUCAUCAACAUUAGUGACAGAGAGAGCAAAUUUGCCGAAGCAUUCUCAAUGUGGCCGAAUUUGCACCCCGAUCAUAGUCGGGCCCAAUGGAAGUACAUCCAGGCAAUGUCGCCACGAGCGGAGGAGUUUUUAGACAUCUGCGAAAAACAUCCUGACGACAGACCCAACAUCUACCGAUGUCGUCGAGUUGUCGAAUUUUUCAUUUCUCUGAGUGAGGAUCACGUUGUCGAGCGCAACCCUCCUCUCAAAAAAGCCAUCCAAUAUCGACAAGCAUACUGGCUGAAUGCAUACAUUUUCCAGAGGCAGGCCCCAGAAGUUGGUAAAGAGUUUGCGCAACUAGGACAGGGAGAUGGCAUAACGUUUUACGAGGAAGUCAUUGAGAAUGCGAUAGAGUUCAUCUCUCGAGCAGAAGAAGGGGAAAGUGACACCGUGUUCAUCACUUCAUAG